AUACUUUUGUUUCGGUUCAAGGUCCAAUGCCACAUUUUAUGAAAAAUUUCACGAAAAGUUAACAUGGAUUCAGUGGUUCCAAGUCUUCCUGUUAUUUUGGCUACUGGUGGUUAUGAUCACACAAUAAGAUUUUGGCAAGCACACAGUGGCAUUUGCCUGAGGACAGUCCAACAUCCAGACUCUCAGGUGAAUUCUCUAAAGAUAACUCCAGACCGACAACUUAUAGCAGCUGCUGGAUACCAGCACAUCCGUAUGUACGACCUGAAUUCCAACAACCCAAACUUUAUCAUAAACUACGAUGGUAUUUCAAAGAAUGUCACAGCAGUAGGCUUCCAUGAAGACGGCAAGUGGAUGUACACAGGUGGUGAAGAUAAUUCAGCAAGAAUAUGGGACCUCAGGUCUCGUAAUCUCCAAUGUCAAAGAAUAUUCCAAGUGAAUGCACCGGUGAACUGUGUGUACUUGCAUCCAAAUCAAGGUGAAUUAUUCGUAGGCGAUCAAACUGGUGUUAUCCACUUAUGGGAUUUGAAGACAGAUCAUAAUGAACAGUUGACGCCAGAAACGGAUGCCUCCAUUUUGUCGCUGUGUAUAGACCCUGAGGGUACCUAUAUGGCUGCAGUCAAUAACAAGGGUAACUGUUACAUCUGGACUUUAACCGGUGGAAGGGGAGAAGAAGCAACCCAGCCACAUCCAAAGUCGAAACUUCACGCCCAUGAUAACUAUGUCCUGAAAUGUGCAUUUAGUCCUGACUCAACGUUACUGGCCACAACUUCAGCAGAUGGGACAGUAAAGAUUUGGAGAACUGCCGACUUUAGUUUGAUGACUGAGCUAAAGGAGAAGACGCAACGAUGGGUGUGGGAUUGUAGUUUCAGUGCAGAUUCACAAUACUUGAUUACAGCAUCUUCUGAUAACAUGGCUCGAUUGUGGUGUGUGGAAACUGGCGAGGUCAAACGGGAAUACGUUGGACAUCAGAAAGCUGUUGUGUGUCUUGCAUUUAGGGAUGACGCGUCUUGAAUGGAUGGACAGUUCAGUCAACAGUUAUCUUUUGGUGCUAUUUCUUCAUGUGAGGAAAGACAUCCAACCUUUGAGGUGGUUGUGAUAAUGGGGUGAAAAUAUGAAAAUGUUACACUUGGAGGGCUACCAUGGCAAGUCUGGUCAUCAUCACUGGUAUAAACAAAUGUCAGGAGAAGCAAUCGUGCCUCAUGGACAAUGUUGUUAUUGGCUAAUGAUACUGGGCAAAUGGUGUUUGUGAUGUGUGAGACAUCAAUGAGAGACUUGGUGCAGAAUGAGCCGUUGUAGGAAUGCAUGUACUGCGUGACUCUUUAGUAUUCAAGGAUGAGAGACUUACAGUUUGUUCAUGAGUUGGUACAAAAUGUAUGUGGUAACCGCUUACACAAGCUGUUCGAUAUUUACAAUUACCUGUAGAUAUGUUCACAGAAAAUAUAUGAUUUCUAUUGUACUGUCGUUGUACAUGUACUUGUAUCAUAAUCUCCUGGUUAUAAAUAAAUUGUCAGAUGUUUA